UCUACCUCUUUCUCUCCCUCUCUUCCGCCUCUCGUCGAUUUUGGACUUUUCUUGGAAAGAAAGCGCCGCGGUGUCCUCCAACAGCACCCAUGAAUUCAGAUAAAAAUGUGUACCUGGGCAGAGACGCGGGCAUCAUGCGGAAGAGAGCCCUGCUGCUCCGGAAAGGUUGCAGCUUCGAGAUCACCAGCUCUGCCUCAGAGGACUUGGGCUGCAGACGUGGAGACUUCAGCAGGAAGCACUAUGGUUCGGUCGAGCUGCUGAUUUCCAGCGAUGCAGAUGGGGCCAUUCAGAGGGCAGGACGCUUCAGGGUGGAGAAUGGUUCAUCCGACGAGAUUUUGGACUACACUCCGGGAACCUGGAGAAGGACUGAUGUUCACCUGGAGAAUCCAGAGUACCACACGAGAUGGUUCUUUAAAUACUUCCUGGGAAAAGUCCACCAGAACUAUGUGGGCACAGAUGCAGAGAAGAAUCCAUUCUACUUGUCAGUGGUUCUUUCGGACCAGAACAACCAGCGGGUUCCUCAGUACAGAGCCAUCCUCUGGAGGAAAACGGGCACACUGAAGAUCAGCCUCCCCUACAGUCCUACUAAGACACUAUCAGUCAAGUCCAUCCUGAGUGCAAUGAACGUGGACAGAUUUGAGAAAGGCCCCAGAGAGAUCCUCAACCCGGACAUUCAAAAGGAUCUGCUGGUGCUGGAGGAACAGGAGGGCUCUGUCAACUUUAAAUUUGGUGUCUUGUAUGCCAAAGAUGGACAGCUCACAGAUGAUGAGAUGUUUAGCAACGAGUCAGGGAGUGAGAGCUUUGAUAAGUUUCUCAGUCUUCUGGGUGAUACCAUAACACUGCAGGGUUGGGCGGGUUACCGUGGAGGGCUAGACACCAAGAAUGACACUACAGGAAAAAAGUCAAUUUACACAGUGUAUCAGGGUCACGAGCUUAUGUUCCAUGUGUCCACCAUGUUACCGUAUUCUAAAGAAAACAAACAACAGGUGGAGCGAAAGCGACAUAUCGGAAAUGACAUUGUUACGAUAGUAUUCCAGGAAGGCGACGACACCACGUCGACUUUCAAGCCUUCCAUGAUUCGAUCGCACUUCACCCAUAUCUUUGCAUUAGUUAGAUAUAAUAGCCAGAAUGACAGUUACAGGUUGAAGAUAUUCUCAGAGGAGAGUGUUCCGCUAUUUGGACCCCCUCUCCCGUCUCCACCUGUGUUUACUGAUCACCAAGAGUUCAGGGACUUUUUAUUAGUCAAAUUAAUCAAUGGAGAGAAAGCCACACUAGAGACACCGACGUUUGCCCAAAAGCGUCAGCGGACACUUGAUAUGUUGAUCCGCUCCCUCUACCAAGACCUCAUGCCUGAUCUGCACAAGGUUCCUUUUUCUCCGCAGAACAUGUUAAACCGACGCUCCUUCAGCGAUGUGCUGCCUGAGUCUCCAAAGUCGGCACGCAAGAAGGAGGAGGCGCGACAGGCCGAAUUUGUUAGAAUAGGGCAGGCUCUGAAGCUAAAGACCAUUGUGAGAGGAGAUGCACCAACCAGCCUUGUUACGACAGGCCUGUGCAGAAAAGAGCCAUGGGAGUCCCAGUGCUUUUGCAGCACAUUCCCCUUUGAGAUUGUCUGUGCUGAUUCCUGGGGUCAGUCCCUGCUGGCGGCCACUGAAGCAGCAGGGGUCAUGCUGUUAGAUGGCCCUGAUCCAGCUUUGUCCAAUGCUGAGCCACAGGUUGCGCCCCCAGUGCAGGUGUUUGACAAAACCAUGGUGAUGAAGCAGAUGCAUGUUCUCGAGCCUCAGGACCUGCUUAUCACCAGGGCUGAUAAAGGUAAGGACGCUCGGCUCUACGUGUUCAGACUCAGCACGCUCAAACGAGGCCUGGAAGAGAGGCAGCUCGUCAGAAACAAGUGCGACAGCCGAGAGAACAAGCUGGAGAAAACGAAAGGCUGCCAUUUGUACUCUAUCAACACUCACCACGGCUCAGAGCUGAGGAUAGUGGCGGCCAUCAGGAACAAACUGCUCCUCAUUACCAGGAAACAUCCAUGGUUUGAAGGCUUCAGCGCCAUCGCCACGGGGACAGAGUCACCGGUGGAGGAGUUUCAGUAUAUACGGGAGAUCUGUCUGUGCGACCCUCCAAUGGUAAUGGCACUGGUAGACGGCCCGACGGGUGAAAAUGACAACAUGAUCUGCGUGGCCUACAAACAUCAGUUUGACCUCAUCAAUGAGAGCACUGGAGACGCUUACCGGCUCCACCACGCGGACGCCAACAGGGUAAAUUUUGUAGCAGCCAUUGAUGUGUACGAAGAUGGAGAGGCAGGACUGCUAUUGUGUUACAAUUAUAUUUGCUACUAUAAAAAAGUUUGUCCUUUCAACGGCUCCACCCCGAUGAUCCAGUCCAGCACCUCUUCUGACUUUAAUUUCAGCUGGAACCAGAUGCCCAAUGCCAUUGUUUGUGCAUUCCCUUACAUUCUGGCUUUCACUACUGACUCCAUUGAGAUCAGACUGGUGGUCAAUGGCAACCUUGUGUACACGGCGGUGGUUCCAGAACUGCAGCUGGCUUCUUCACGGUCAGACAUCUAUUUUGUUUCGUCGGCUCCAGUGAACUCGGCCUCCAACUGCAGUUCGAGAGACACCAGCUCCCAGAGUUCUCCUCAGACACCCACCGGUUACGAGAUGCCCAUGUUCCCCUCGCCCCUCGGUGAUGAUUCUAUACGGAUCCCCUAUGGUUCCAAGCUCUCCCUGUACAUGUCUAAGGAUGCUGAAGGUGAAUCGCCGUGUAAGCACAUCUUUAAGAUCCCUCUGUGUAACCUUGUGGGUCGCAGCAUUGAAAGGCCCCUCAAGUCACCUCUGGUCAACAAGGUGCUGACAGCGCCGGCCCCCACCAUGGUCGCCCCAGCACCCCUCAUCUCUGCCACACACUCCCUUUCACUGUCCCGCAUGGAAAUCAAAGAGAUCGCCAGCCGCACACGGAAAGAGUUGCUCGGCCUGACGGAGGAGCCAAGUGGGAAGUCUGACAGUGGGACAGUUAAACAAAGAAAAAUAAGCAAGAAGACGGCAGAGGAAGAGCCCAAAGCGCGAGCACUGACAUCAACAAACAGUGACAGGUUACCGUCAGAGUCAAGUGAAACAGACCUGGAUCUUCAGCGGCACUGUUCAUCUGGUUCAGAGGCAGAGCCAGAGAAGGCGGUACUGCGAGACAAGAGCCCGCCUCUUACCAGCUCGUUCGCCAUCUCCACCUCCUUCGAAGAUGAUGUCCUGGACCUAAAGUGAAGACAAUCCCAUUGUGCACUUC